UAGGUGGGCCAAGGCCGCAUUGCGCCGAACUGAACUGCCUUGUGAACUCACAUCUUGCUUGUGUCGCUUGCUCGCUCGCUCAACUUAUCCACUACGUCGACCUACCAACCCACUCCCUCUGCCGCCUCCAAACAAACCCACUUGCCUUCGCACGAACAACACAACUCCAUACUCAAACCACCCUACGCCCUACACAUUCCUCUGAACUCGCUUGCUACAUCCAAUGCCGGCCACACAUCCAAAGCAGCGCAAGAUCGCAAUUGUAGGCAGCAGGGCUGUCGGCAAAUCGUCGCUCACGGUCCAGUUCGUCGAGAACCACUUCGUCGAAUCCUACUAUCCCACAAUCGAAAACACCUUCUCGAGGACCAUCAAGUACAAGGGACAGGAGUACGCGACCGAGAUCAUAGAUACUGCCGGACAGGAUGAGUACAGCAUUCUGAACUCGAGACACUCGAUCGGUAUUCAUGGUUACAUGCUCGUGUACUCGGUCACGUCCAAGCAGUCCUUUGAGAUGGUCAAGAUCAUCAGAGACAAAGUUCUGAAUCAUCUGGGCGCGGAUUGGGUCCCAAUCGUAGUAGUCGGCAACAAAUCUGAUCUGCACAUCCAACGGCAGGUCUCGACGGACGAGGGAAAGGCGCUGAUGACGGAAUGGAACUGUUCCUGGACCGAGGCGUCGGCGAGGCACAACGAGAACGUCGUCAAGGCGUUCGAGCUCAUGAUUGCUGAGGUGGAAAAGGCACAGAAUCCGGCGCAGCCUACUGGUGGUAAAUCGUGCAUCAUCAUGUAAUUGCACAUCUUCUACUUCUGCUUCUGCUUCUUCGCGCUUUUUCUUUUUCUUUUUGGAAGCCAUCUCUUUCUAUCGCUCUCUCCUGCGGCCACCACCACCGUCCGAAACAUUCUGGCCACGCACGGAAAUAGGUGGUUGCAAGUAUGUUUGUGCUGUAUUGCCUGGAGUAGUAGAAGGGGAAGUGAUGAGAACACGAUCUGUCGAGUAUAAUGAAUGACUUUUGCUGCCUGUUCUGCUUCCGUUUCGGUCUGUUCGGUCCUUUCCUGUAAUAAGGCAAGCAAUAGCUUGAGUUACUCUGCACUAUGUACCUUUUGGUACUUUCUUCCUGGGGUUUUCCGAGAGCAUGUGUUUCGCUGCUUGUGGUUCUAUUUUUCCGUUUAUUGCCGUUUUUGAUCCGAUAUUGCAUGUAGACGGAUAUGAGGAUGAAUGCAAUCAUGAUGUGUCAAUGGCAAUAUAAAUUACCAUUUCUA